AUGGGCAUUGGCAUAAUAGAGCAUUGUCUCAUUCGCGAGCUCUGCGAAGGAGUAAACUCCAUAUCCUACUGUCCACACUACCGUGCGGCUUCUUACCGACCGCACUUUAUCGUUCUCGACGCGUCAGAAUCGCACCAAUGCCACCAUUGCCUAACAGGAGCAAAACCUCUACGGUGGAGCGACGUAGAGGACAACUUCGAAGAAAUAGCCCGAUUCUUGCGACGGGGAAUCGUCGACUAUCCCCAAGACUCAAGGGAAGAAAUCAACUUUGGUCGAUGGACCUACAUUCUCACGACAGGGUUGGAUACGGGCCGGCGAGCAACCACAACGUUUGACCUCAGGGAAGACGCUAAUGUAGCUGUAUUGGACUUUUUACAGAUCUGGGUUCAAAACUUGUUAUCGGAAGACGAAAUAGAAAUAGAAGCCGCACACUUUGAACAGGUGCUCGAUAAGCUCGGACUUCUCGAGGGAGAUCGACUCGCCACUCUGGACGUGUCACGCGUCAGAGAAAACGUACAAUAUACCUUUGAUACAUUGCUAAACCAAAUAUUUACAGUUAUGUGGCAGCACUUCCGGGGUCGCUUAGGUGCUGGCCCUUCCCGGUCUCUGAAUGUUGUGGACGACAUCCUGCAAGAGGUUGCAAACCGAACGGAUGGCCUCGUCCUUUCCGAAGCGUAUACGUUUAACUUAAUGCAUGAACUUGAAUUUGAGCUGGUUCUCCCAGACUUCGGCCAGAGAUCGUUCCAGACGGUGAAAGCGGUGCGGGAGAACUAG